AUGCCGUUUGGCCUCACCAAUGCCGGCGCGACCUAUCAAAGGCUCGUCAACCGAAUGUUCAAAGAUUUACUUGGAAAGACCAUGGAAGUUUACAUCGAUGACAUGGUGGUUAAAAGCAAGCAUCGGAAAGAUCACAUAGAGCAUCUAAGGGAAGCGUUCGAGAUAUUAAGGCGGUACGGCAUGAGGCUCAAUCCGACCAAAUGCGCGUUUGGGGUAUCAUCUGGACAAUUUUUGGGACAUCUUGUGAGUAAAAGAGGGAUCGAGCCAAAUCUGGAGAAGGUAGAAGCCAUAGUGAAAAUGCGCGACCCAGAGACGAAAGAGGAUAUACAAUUUCUCUCUGUACCCCGCAACGGCGAGCCCCUCUGCAUAUACUUGGCAAUAUCAGAUGUGGCAACCAAUGCCUCCUUGUUCAGGGAAGAGGGAUAUCGGCAGGAACCCAUAGCAUAUACUAGCCGCAGCCUCCUAGAUGCCGAAACAAGGUACUCUCCGUCCGAAAAGGUAAUCCUCGCCCUGGUUGCGGCGAAAAGAAAGUUGCGACAAUACUUCGAGGGGCAUAGCAUCACGGUAUACACCAAUUUGCCAAUUCCCGCCAUUCUGUCAAAACCUGACACAUCCGGAAGAAUGGCCAAAUGGGCAAUCGAGCUAAGUGAAUUUGACAUUACAUAUAAGCCGCGGUCGGCACUCAAGGGCCAGGCGUUAGCAGAUUUCUUGGUCGAGUGCCACUUCCCAGCACCGAUCCCCGAGGUUUCAUGGCAGGACCCAUCCUGGGAGAUGCACGUCGACGGCGCAUCCAAUUUCUCAGGAGCAGGGGCAGGCAUUUUACUUCAAAGUUCCGAGGAUGUCCAAAUCGAGUGCGCGAUCCAUCUCGAUUUUCUGGCGUCAAACAACGUGGCUGAAUAUGAAGCUUUGGUGACGGGCUUAACUCUGGCGAAGAAACUACGAAUCCAACGCUUGCAGGUAUAUUCCGACUCGCAACUAGUUGUCGGAUUGUCUAAUGAUGACUACGCCGCCAAGGACGAACGAAUGUCCAGAUAUCAGAACUUGGUUCGAGAUUUGAUGCGCGGGUUCGAACAACUUUCACUGGUCAAAGUACCUCGCGAGAAGAAUUCCCGCGCAAACGAGCUGGCUAAAGCCGCUUCAGGUUGCACAGAGGUCAUCAACAUCGUCAAGAUCGAGGUGCUCGAAGGACCAAGCAUUGACGGUAACAAGCCGCGACGACAGGUCAUGGUGGUUGAGUCAAUUCUGAACGACUGGAGAGGUCAAAUUGUCAAUUACCUUGAAUUUGGCAUACAGGCAGACGAUCCAAUUAAGGCCAGAAAGCUCAGGAUGAAGGCUGCACGAUAUCUAGUUGUCGAAGACGAACUUUUUAGGCGCUCAUUUUCCGGACCCCACCUUAGAUGCCUGGGACCUUCUCAGGCAAGGCUCGUCCUCGAAGAAAUUCAUGAAGGGUCGUGCGGGGCGCACCUCGGCGGCAGGACCCUCGCACAUAAGGUACUCUCUCAAGGAUAUUAUUGGCCAUAUCGCUCGCGGGAAGCCGAACAAUAUGCCAAGAAAUGUAAGCAAUGCCAACGGCACGCACCGGUCAGCCAUUCGCCUGCCGAAGAGCUUCACUCAUUAGCUGGCCCAUGGCCUUUCGCCAGAUGGGGAAUGGAUAUAGUUGGUCCCUUACCGACGGCACCCGGCGGCCUCAAGUACGCGCUGCUUGCUACGGACUACCACACGAAAUGGGUCGAAGCAGAUUCAUAUGCCAUGAUUACGGGAGAGACAGUGGCAACAUUCACAUGGCGGAACAUCAUAUGUCGCUUCGGCAUCCCGCGGUAUAUCAUAUGCGACAACGGAACGCAAUUCAAUAACCAGAAGUUUAGAGCUUUCUGUACCCGAUAUGGGAUUACGUUGUGUUUUUCUUCAAGGAGUUACCCACAAGGUAAUGGCCAAGCCGAAAUAACAAACCGUACCAUUUUCGACGGAGUCAACCGGCGACUAGAGCACAAAAGAGGCAAAUGGAGCGAGGAGUUGCAACAUGUUCUCUGGGCUUAUCGAACUACUCGUCGGAAGCCAACCGACGAGACUCCGUAUGCUUUGACUUACGGAAUGGAGGCUGUCAUCCCUACCGAAAUCAUUCUUCCUACGGUUCGGACUCUUACCGUUGAAAGGGGAAAUAAUGAGGAGCAAAUAGCACGGCACUUGGAUCUUCUUGAAGAAAGGCAGGAAGCCGCUGCCAUUCACCUUGCCAAUUAUCAAAAUCAGGUGGCAAAAUAUUUCAACAAAGGUGUCCGGCCGCGCGCGUUCCGGGUAGGAGAGCUCAUUUUGAAACGAGUGGUCGAGGAUAUCAAAGACCUUGGCGCGGGAAAAUUUAAACCUAUUUGGGAAGGGCCUUACGAGAUAACUGAAGUCUACAGCAAGGGAGCAUAUCGACUCCGUAAUGUGGGCACUGGACGUGCGCUACCCCGGCCGUGGAAUGCUAUCUAUUUGAAAAAAUAUUACAGUUAA